AUUUUUUUCACAAAAGGUUCAGUGCAGAAGGGCUUAACAGAAAUGGUCAUAAAAAGAAAUAAAAAGAGAUCGUGUGUGAACAUGUCAGGGGAUGUGAGAGCAGCAGGAAACAUCAACGCAAACCACCGGAGAUAUAAGAGAGUGACGGACUGAAGCUGAGAGUAAAGGUGCACUCGGUUGUAGAGUGCAUUGGAUAAAUUAGUGUCAAGUUUAAUGAGACAGGUUGUGAUCUCUAACGAGGGCCUGACGUUUGUUCAGAGGCAAAGGCUAGCAAGCUACCAACUCUCUUCUUUUGAUUUACAGAGAGAUUAACACCUCAAGUCUGCAUCUGGGCAAAGACAGGAAUGUUUUAUCAACAAUUCAAGCGAAUUGUUUACAAUUUACACAAAUCAACAAUUUACACAAAUCACAAAUGUGAAGAGAAGCCAGAGAAAACAUUCAGGACAUUUCUGUCAAACUGUUUAAUAGGUCAGCGAAGGACAGGAAAGACACAAUCUUGGGAAUAUUUCUAAGAAUAAGAUGCACUGUUUUGGACAUUGCCUUGUUGUGGUGUAAGUCUGAAUCAAAGAUAAGAUUCUGAGCAGAUCAUUUAGAGUAAGAGGCAUUGAAGAGAAGGCAGAUUAAUCUGAACUGAACAGAAGAAAUUGUCUGUAGCCCGUUGUGUGUUGUUGGUGAGACCUGAGUGCUGAGGGACACUAAAACAGACCUUAUUAUAUGCAGGAAUGAUAGCAGCAAAUAUAAAAACAUAGUCCUGUGCAAGAGCGAUGUUAGGAUACCAAGACUUUAUAAAUCAGUGAAGAUACCAUUAGUCCGGAAUUUUAGAGCGGCACUAUAAAGUUGCUGAGUUGCAAGGCUACAAACUUGCAGUAUCCUAUUUCUAUCUGUUUUUUAAGACCCUGCACAGGUUUCCAACUUGUAAAUAAUGUCCAAAUUAAAACUGGAAAACUGACUUUUCCUAAAUCUCAAAUAUAUCUGACUUGGCACCUAAUAAUACAGAAGUGCCUGAAAACUGAACAAACGCGGGCGCCUCAUGUCAGCCAAAGACCAGCUCAAGUCACUGUAAUCAGCCGUAGAACCUCCAGUCAGGUUGAAAUUAGGUGGAACUGUGAAGAAGUCUAAUCAGGAAACAUAAUUAUGUGAGGGUCACACUGAAGGUGUGUAGGGGUUUAAAAACCUCAAGACAGCUUGGGAUGAAUCAGGUUUCAGAUAUGGAGGCAAUUUUGGAAAACGUAUUAUGUUAAAUCAAAAAUAACAGCCACAUGUGGGAUCUUUUAAAUUAGUUUUCAUUUGAGUUAGGCAUCAUAUUCCUUUUAUUCUGUUUGGAAGUUGACAUAGCAAAUCAGGAGAUUUCAUUGUUUAGUGUAAUAACAUGAUGAUAACAUUUAUAUGUAAUAACAUUGUAUUCAAAAUGCUUUGACUGAAACACAGGAAUAUUUCCAGAAAACCAUUCUUUGAUGGUGAACUCUCCCUUUCAGUGUGAAUUUACCAUCCUGACCAGUGAAACGCUGAUUUCAGGCGACUGCUGAUAUUGUGGUAACAAGCAUGUCACUUCCUGUUAAUAUCAGUAUGAUAGCAGGGGGGGGUCCUCUAUGCUCGUAGUCUCUGUCACAAGCUGUAUAGAGCCUAAUCUUCAUUCCCUUUAUCCACCAUCAGAGGACAAAGAUAUGAAGUUGUACUUAUAUCUGUCUCAUCCUACCUGCUCAGAUUUGUGUAAGAACAAGAAUGUUUCUGGAAGCAGCAGCGACCUCCAUGACCUCUUUACAUACUCUUAUUUAAUACAAGUCUAAUCCUACAGAGCCGAUGGAAGGGUGCCAAACUGACAUAUUAAAUUCAGCCUCAGGCAGAUUAACGUCUCUCUCCUCCUCUUGUUACAGUCGAGAUCAGUUUCUCCUUUACACAUCGACUCUGUCCCUCUCUGUGUGCCCGGUCACCAGCCUUAAUUCAGAUUCUUUCACCCUCGCUUUAAUUAGCUACUGUUUCAAUCUUUAAUAACCCCCCGCUCACUGCGCAGUUAUGCCUGGUUCCCAUUUGAAAGUGCAGAUUAGAUUCAGCCACAUGCGGUGGUUAGCACAUAAGGAGAUUUACUCCAAUGACAGGGAACAUGGAGAGGGAUUUCAAAGGCACAUGGACAUACAUAUACCACCCAUUGCUACAGCUACCAGAGAAGAGGGCUCAACUUGCUGUCAAUAUUCACCUCACUGGCUGUAAGCUCCAUGCCCUCUAGGUAUUUUAAAUAACACACGCCAUAGCCACACAACUGCCCUCAAUGUUCUUAUAUGGAAGAAAUAUCCAGCAGUGGAGCACACUGUUGACCCGAUGAUCUAAGGCACACACUGCAAGUUAUAGAGAUGUACUGCGUUUGAAUCUGGCCUGUCAACUGUGAGCAACAUUAAAGGGAAAGGCUGGUGUUAUUCUUUAUAUGGUUAUUGUGUUGGAUUGACUCAAAACACAAUUUUCAUCAUAAUGACAACAAUGGAGGUCUGUUGCCCAUAUAAUGAGAAACAUCAGAUAAAGAUAUGCUUUGGUUAAUAGGACACAUUUGUUUUCAUGGGAUUUAUUGAAAAAAGAAAACAUCAAAUAUUACCAGCUGUAUCCUUCAGAAAACAAGUGACAUAAAACAAAUAAAAAUAUCAUCAAAAAUAAAAGUACAGUAGUGUACAUCUUCACUUCACAGGAUACUUUGCAUACAAACAGAUUGGCAGUCUAGUAAUUGCCUAUUGUGUGAAAGAAGUGAUUAUGCAGUGCUUCCCUGUAGCUCCACUUCACCAUUAAUAUUUGAUUAAUACUGGUUUCUCUAAUACGCGAAAAUGAGUGAUGCCAUAAUGAUAUCUGUCACCUAACAUUGAAGCGUAGUCGUAUUUUUAUUCGGUAUUAAAGCACAUAACUUAUAACCUACAACAGUGUGCUGUUAGAAAUGUUUUGAUUGAAUAUUUUUGAAACGUGACAGCAGUGACAGCAGUGACAGCUCAACGCUAAUGCCCAGUUUGAGACCGAAAUAAUAAUCUCUCAAGUGUUACCACUUAACAAGGAAUCUCCCAGACUGUGUCAGAAGCUAAAAUUAAAGACGAAUAGUCCACGAGAGGCAGCAGGAGCCCCCUGAUACAGCCCAAGGGCCUCCCCUGACUCACACUGAGAUAUUGAUACUAGUUCUCUUGGCGAGCAGUCGGGCUGCAGGGAAACUGUGGUGCAAGGCGUACAAAAACAAACUGGUAUUUUAGUGUGGUUGGAAAAAUGUACUUGAUUUUGUUAUUUAUAAAAAGAGAAAUGAUGCAUUCUUUUCAUAUAUGCGAGGUCGAGGCAAUGACAGAUUUCAUCUAAGUGCUAAAAGUGUAAACGUGGUGAAAUAAUCUGUGCAAAGUAUUUGACCUGCAGAUCUUAUCGAUUCCUAAAUCAAGUUUGUGAGAGGCUAUGUUUAUUGACAGUUGUCUAAAUAUGUUGUUUAUGUCUUGACAUGUUUUGAGGCUACUUUAAGAAACAAAAUUAGGUAUUCUUGAGUGGAAAAGAUGAGACACUAUCCACUACCACUUCAAACACUCACCAUGUGUGACUCGGUAAUAGCAUCCUCGGAUUCUGUGGGGAAUUCAGGGCAGCUGCAACAUUUUUGAGCUAUAAUUGAAGUCCCGCAGAUAAGUUGCUGUCCUGGUGUGGGGAUUUGAGAUCUGCUUGCAGUGGCCCAGUUCGCCCCAUAAACAUAUUUGGUCCUUCAGCUCAUAUAGAAACCCUUAUAGAAACCCUGCAACCAAGGCUUCAAAACUUCUCUGGAGAUUUAACUACUGGCUGGUGGAAGCUUCCAAUGUUGUUUUCAACCAUUUCUGUGCUAAUUUUCACAAUUGUUUUUCAUCCUCCUGUUCUCUUUCUCUCACUGAGCCUACCCACUCCCCGUAUUCUCUCCACACCUUCACUCCUCUGUGUCCCAGACCUUCCUAUCUGUCUUUGACAAUGAUAUCAUAAUAAAGCCAGUAACAGGGAGGUGAUUAAAGCUUCUGCUGGCCUCCACUCUUGCAGAAUAUUUCCUGUAAAAUGAUCUUUUACUGCUGCUCUCGCCUUAUUCAUCCUCGUAUUGUAUAAGAAAGCUGGAAAUGAGGCUCGUCCUCCUGAUGGUCGCUCCGCUCCCAGUGGGAUAUGUGGCCUACAUUUGUUUGUAGUGCAGCGUUUGGCUUUGUGAGCGUGUUCCUAUUUCAAACAAUUCCAGUUGUCUGCGGCGUGCCUCUUUUGUUUCCUCAAACAUUGACUGUUUUGUCUUUCCUUCUGUCUGCAUGUCUCGCCUUCCUCUCUCUGCUUUCUCAUAAAUACUGUACAUGUAUCCAGCAAUGUAGAGCUCAUCUUUGAUCGCUUACCAUUCAGCUCCGAGCACAUGCCCUUUUGACCUGUAUAAAUGAGCAUACAUGUGCACAAGAUGCCCAUUUUGAAAAGAAAGUCACCUUCCCUGGCUUCAGAGACUGCCUUAUUAUGGCGGACAGAUGUGCCCAUAAAUCAUACAGGUCCCCUGGUGGAGCAAGAAGAUCCAAAACAAUCUGAACACUGAUCAAGGUGAAACAGUGAGAAAGAGAAGAGAUAGAUAGAGAGACAUAUUUUUACACACAUAUCAAUAUACUUCAGCUGUUGACAAUGUCUGCAAUCAUUUCUGCCAUCAUACUGCCUAAAGAAGGAUUUCUUCCAUCACCUUUAUCAUUUCCAUGGAGCGAGAAGCAGCUUUUGUUUCAUCACUGCCUUUUGUUACGAAGAGAAUUUGGAAGGAAAGUCUUUAUCUUGAGAGGAAAAUGAGUUGUUAAAGGGGAAACACUUCAGAUUCUAAUUUACAAAGAGUGAGUCUGAUGAAACCCAAUCAAGCGUCUUUGUAUUUGAGAUUCGGCCCUCACACAAAGAUCCUUCCUGCUUAUAUUGCAACACAGCCUGUUACUCUGCAUUGUCUGCAACACUGCAAAGGAAGUUAAUCCUCGUUUUUUUAUACCAGGGCAGGCAAAGAAAUGAACCAUUUGUAUCUGUGAAAGAAACACUUUAAAUUGACAUUACAGUUAUGAUUUAGACUCCUACUCUUGUACGUAUUAUUAUUAUACUUUCUGUCAAAUAUCUGUCCACAUGUGAAAGUCUGAAUAGGGAAUGAUGCAGAACCCUGCCAACUGAGUGCUGACAAAGAACAGUUACACGUUACACGUUAUUUCAAAGUCCUUGCUUUGGUCAGCUUUCGCAUUAACUUCUAAACUCUUGUACUUGUUACAGCAGCUGUAAUCGAUUUUAAAAUUAUUUUAAACUUUUUUCUUUUUUUUUUUUAAUAACAAUGAAUGAGGAAUAUAAUUAACUAAUGUACGAUAUUAUGAAUUGUAGCUCAUCUUUAAGCUGUCGGGCCACAGCUUUACUGUUUUGGGUUACUUUCACUGCUGUCAUAGCGUUGUUUUUCUGCCGCAGGGGGGCAGCUUUUCGUUUAGUAAAAUACUACAAGCAGCUUAUAAAAUCCAUCAUCUAUACGUUUUUCAUUGACAAAUGUAAACCCCAGUUGCUUAAACCCACAAAUUCACAAACAUUUUUAAAUUAAAAACACUGAGGACAUAAAGUCAGUGUAACUAUGAACCUUGGCAUCUCUGGUAAAGGCCUUUUGCUGAUUUAAAUCUGUUGACUAUCAAUACAUUUCAUGCAGAUAGUGUAAUGAAAGAGCUGUAAAUAAAAUUCUCAGUCAUCAGUUUUUAAGAUAAUGAAUUUGCUGCUUACAGCUGAGAAAAUGCUGUUCAACUGUGGUGAGCAGCAAGAAUGAAAGACCCAGCAGUUGAUUUACAAACUGCUGUGUGAUAAAAACAAAUUGGACUGUGAAGUCGCAUAAUCUUACUGUCCACCUUGUUUAUCCCAGCUGAACCUAGAUACGCCCUUAUUUCUUCAGCACCCUGGAUUGUCAUCUUUUAACAAUGAGGACACACUUCAUCGUCUAAACUGUUUCUUCAUACUGAAAGGAACUGUAAUGCCAAUAAUGAAAUAUUGUGACAUAUUUCUGAGGAUUUGUGAACAAUGAUCACAUCCAAAAUGUAAAACCAGCUUUUCUGUGCCACAGGUGACAAGUUUAUAUUUUACCUUCCAUUUCAAUCAGUUCCCUUGAAAGAUAUCCUGUCGACCUCUUGAUUAUGAAACUUGCUGUUAUGGUACUGUAUUAUUUAUGGCUUUUCACAUCCAGCCACACUCUACGUUUCAAGGUGCUCAAGGUUCAUCUCUGCUGUCAGAUUUCAGAUAAUGUUGGUAAUAAGAUAGUGAAUUGCUGGACGAGGCGCAGUUUGUUGCAUCUUCCUCCGCUGUGAGGAAAAUGGAUGUGGAGAAGGGUAGUCGUCGGUCCAGGGGUACGAGCACCCUGGAAAAGUGUCUGAUAUUUCUCUUUGUGGCCAUGACCGGCGCCUGCAUCGGCCUUGUGGUCGUCUACUUCACUGAGAAAGCGAAGACUUCUACUCAUGUAGAAGGGCCGGACUCAGGGUGUGGUGGUCCUCAGGAGCUGACUGGAGAGACGGGCACCUUCACCAGCUUUAACUACCCCAAUAGCUACGACAAUGGAAAGAGCUGCUCCUGGCACAUCACUGUGGACCCUGACAAGGUGAUCCAACUGUGGUUUGAGGAGUUUGCUUUGGAGGACACCCAGCUCUGCACGUCAGACUUCAUCACGCUGAGAGACUCUCUGGGAACCAUCGGUAAAUACUGCGGCUACACCAAACCGAAGCCGCUGGUGUCACUUACAAACUACUUGAAUGUGUACUUCGACACCAAUGACAGAAAAACAGACCAAGGUUUCAAGGCUCAUUAUAAAGCUGUGGCUCCAACGCUCGCACCAGAAAUAGCCGGAGCUGGUGGCUUUCUCCAAGGUGACCAGGGGGAUCUGAUGACCCCGAGCUUCCCAGAGCAGAACUACCCGAGUGGAGCACUAUACCAGUGGAGAAUCACGGUGCCUGAAGGCGAGAGGGUUCGACUCACAUUUACUUCCUUUGACCUGGUGCCUGAGGUCUGUGGAGACUUUGUUCAGGUCUACGACGGGCACAAGGCCGGCUCCUCUUCAUUCAGUAAAUUCUGUGGGGGGACAAUGCCAAAGCCGGUGGAGUCCAGUAGCAACACAAUGGUGGUCCGCUUCAAAUCGGACAACAGUUUGACUUCUAAAGGAUUCAGAGCAACUUACACCAAGUCCAGCCUUCCACCUGUUACUACCACCACACCCAAACCCGCCACCACCACACCCAGACCCUCCACCACACAAACACCUCCACCUCCCACAUCUUCGGGAGUUGGUGGUCCAGAUAUCCUUCAUGGGCGUAAAGGAGUGAUCCAGUCCUUGGGUUUCCCAAAUCCCUAUCCUGCUCAUCUGAACAGCUCCUGGAGGAUAUCUGUGCCCAAAGGAUUCCUGGUUAAACUGCAGAUCACUGAAAUGGCCAUCACAGGAGAGACUGGACAAUGCAAGGAGGACAAACUGGUCAUCUCAGAUAAUUACAGCACAUUAGGCACACACUGUGGCUACAUCCUUCCCCCAGUGGUGGUCAGUGCCAGUGACACAAUAUCUGUCACCUUCCAGUCCGACAGUCGCCUCACAGACCGAGGAUUCUCUGCCAGGUGGGAAGCUGUGUAUGCUGAGGAUAUCGCAGAAAUCCAGGGCUGUGGCAUUUCUUCCAAAGAGGAAACAGGAGUUAUUAAGUCCCAGAACUGGCCUAUGAACUACAAAGCUAACGCUGAGUGCAUGUGGAACAUUGCUUUGCCUUUCGGGAAAAAAAUCACACUGACGUUCACCCACUUUGACCUUGAAGCCAAAGAUUUCCUGACGUCCAAAUGCUAUGACAACAUAAUGAUGUACGAGAUCAAUAGUGUGACUAAUGCGUUGCUUCAAACGCACGGUCCAUUUUGUGGGACGAAGCUGCCCGGUACUAUCCAGACAAAAGGCAGGCGGCUGGUGAUUCGUUUCCAUACAGACCUGCUUACUGAGUCCAAAGGCUUCAGGGCCUACUGGACAACAAACCCCAGUUUGCCUGCUCCCACUGAGCCACCUGCUCAGCCCAACCCCUGGGACAACAUCACCAUAGACUGGUCCGAUACAUGUGGUAAACCAGCCAUUCCUCCUGUUGUUGUGUCACGCAUUGUGAAUGGAGAGAAAGCCAGGCCUCACUCCUGGCCCUGGCAGGUGUCCAUGCAGGUCUGGCCGGCUAGUCGUCCAGAGCCCACAUUCUUCCAUACCUGUGGUGGUACUCUUAUUAAUAAGAACUGGGUACUUACAGCAGCCCACUGCUUCAUAAACUACGCUGAUGAGCUGCAGCGUUGGCGCAUGUGCCUUGGCAAACACAACCUGACCUACACAGAGCUGAGUGAACGCUGCUUCAAUGUGUCUGGUAUCUAUCGCCAUGAGGGCUUCAAGUAUCCCACGGUGCCCACGGUGGAGUUUGACAUUGCCCUGGUCAGGUUGGACGGGGAGGUGAUGCCCAAUAAUGAGAUCUCAUACGCCUGCCUUCCGUCAGCGGAGGAAGUCCUACCUGGGGGCAAGAAGUGCUACGCCACCGGCUGGGGAGAUGAGACUGGCGAUUCAAUGAAUGCUAAAGUUGCAGAGGCCCUUAACCAGGUUGCCCUGCCUGUUGUGCCAUAUGACACCUGCAAGAGGAUGGAUUACUGGUGGUUCCAGGUCAAGACCUCCAUGAUCUGCUGUGGUUAUACCCUGCCUGAUGAGCUCAAGUCUGUCUGUCAGGGAGAUUCAGGUGGUCCUCUGGUGUGUCAGGAUACCCCCGGUGGUUCUUGGGAAGUUCAUGGUAUAACAAGCUUUGGUCCUAUUGGAUGUGUUGUGAAUAAGAAGCCCUCUGUGUUCACCCGCUCCUCCGCCUACCUCCCCUGGAUCAACAAUGUCAUCCGCAGAGACAUCUACGAUGAGCACACAUCUGGCUGUGGAGGGCCAAAGGACCUGAUGGGCAGAGAAGGCACCGUGUCCUCUACGGGUUACCAUGGCAGCUACAACAACAAAGCCCGCUGCCAGUGGAAUAUCCAGGUGCCACUCGGCAAACUGGUCCACCUCCACUUCCACAAUUUCUCCCUGGAGCAGAGUCAGUUGUGCCUUAACGAUAAAGUCAGCCUCAGAGACAGAAUAGGAAGUCUAGGUACACACUGCAGUCAUGUACCCCCUACAGACCUGGUGAGUGAUGGAGACAGACUUCACAUCAGCUUCUCCUCCAACGACAAGGUGGUGGACACGGGUUUCUCUGCCAGCUGGAAGGCAGUGGACCCUACAGAGGGUCCUUGUGGAGGGAGCUUCAGCAGCGCUCAGGGUGAAAUCACCUCUCCUUACUGGCCCAAUGACUACCAAGCCCAGUCUGUGUGCACGUGGCGUAUCAGCAUUCCUUCAGCAAAAACGAUCGAUGUAGCCUUCACACACUUUGAGCUGCAAGCUGCAAACAUUUUAGGAAACUGUUUGGACUACAUUGAGAUCUUCAAUGGUGAAAGCAUGACAUCACUAGGUCGAUUCUGCGGCUUUGCUCCUCCACCCAUCAUCAGCAUCCCUAGCAACACAGUCGUCAUUCGCUUCCUUAGUAACGGUGCCGAUCAACAGAAAGGUUUUCGUGGUUACUGGACCACUGAUGCCGGUGUUAUCCCAACUUUACCUCCUCCGCCUCCUAACCUAUGGGACAACAUCACUAUCAACUGGCCAGCAGAUUGUGGAAACCCAGCAGUGACACCCAAUACAGCCACCCCGAGGGUGGUUAAUGGGGAGCAGGCGAUCCCCCACUCCUGGCCCUGGCAAGUCUCCAUGCAGGCUUCACCAUUCUUUCCCAUACCUUACAGGCACAGUUGUGGAGGUUCUUUGAUUCAUGAAGAUUGGAUCCUAACUGCUGCUCACUGUUUCAUGUUCCUUCUGAAUAAACCCUCCUACUGGCGCAUGUGUUUGGGGAAGCACCACAUGAACUCCUCCGUGGACAUUCCUUCAGCAGAGCAAUGCUAUAAGGUGGAUGGUAUCAUCCGCCACAAGGGGUUCGUCUACGAGCAAGAUCGCACUGACAUCACCAAUGACAUAGCCCUGGUGCAUUUGGCCCGGCCUGUCAACAUGACGAGGGAGAUCAGCCCCAUCUGUCUGCCCACACCUGGGGCUGUGAUGCCCGCUGGGACGCCCUGCUUUGUCACCGGCUGGGGAGACGAGAAAGGUAACCUGUUCCCCAAAGUGUCUGAGAAGCUAAACCAGGCAGCCCUUCCUAUUGUUGACUUCCAGACCUGCAGUAAGCCUGCUUACUGGUGGGACACCCUCAGACCCUCCAUGAUCUGUGCUGGUUAUGAGUCCCCAGAUGAGCUCAAGUCAGCCUGCCAGGGUGACUCUGGAGGUCCCUUUGCCUGUGCGGCGGCUGGAACGAACACAACCUGGGAGGUGCAUGGUGUCGUCAGCUUCGGAGCUCAGGGUUGCAUCAAAGACAAGAAACCCUCAGUAUUCACCCGCGUCUCUGCCUUCAGCGAUUGGAUCAGCGACAACAUUAAGAAGUUUAUAUAUGAAAGUGGCAAAACCAACUAA